AUGAAGAAAAAAUUUUGCCUACUUUUGCUAGCCAUCUUGGGGUCUUUAAUUCUGUCAGUGUCUGGAGCUGAGAAUCCGAUUGAAUCAAAUGGAGAAAUCGAUCUUCCUUCUCGUCCAGAUGAUUAUCGUAUAGAGCCAGAGACUGCACCAGAUGAAAAUGAAUAUAAUGAAGAAGAAGAUCCAUGUGCUGGUUUUACAGGCAGAGAUAGGAUACUUUGUGAAAGAAGACUACUUUUAACUGAUUAUGAAGAAACAUCAAAUCCAUGUGCUGAACUGACUGGAAGAGAAAGAGGAAUGUGUGAAAGGGAUCGUAAUAGACAUGAAAAUCCUGGCAGUAACCCUUGUCAUGGACUAAUUGGAAGACGAAGAAGAAAGUGUGAAAGACGUCAUAAUAGAGGUAGAGAUGACAGACGUCACCCUCAUGGAGAUGAUUCUCCUGGAGGUGAUUCUCCUGGAGACAAUCCGUGUGAAGGAUUGACUGGAAGGCGGAGAGGAAAGUGUGCGAACUUACGAGGACCAAAGAAAAGGAAGUGUAAACAAGAACAUCGUACACAUGUAGAUGAAGAUGUGAAAGAUUUGCCUGAUGCUAACUCUGCCGGAUUCAAGGAAGCCAUUAUCUAUGAACCACUUGGUAAUGAUCGUAUCAGACUUGCAGGUGAUUCUGACUAUUACAAUGGUGGCUUGGUGAAAGUCUUCCGAAAUAAUUCCUGGGGCUAUGUCUGUGAUGAUGAUUGGGAUAUCAAGGAUGCAAACGUAGUUUGCAGACAGCUUGGAUUUAAUCGAGGAGCAGCAAAGUUUGUUAGUGCUUCUUGGUAUGGAGAGGCUGAAGAUGGCUUAUAUUUGAUGGAUGAUGUCAAAUGUGCUGGAGAUGAAAAGCGAUUGCAGAAAUGUUCAUAUAAUAUUGAUCAUGACUGUGACAAGAACGAAGCAGCUGGUGUGAUUUGUAACUUAAAUACAGGUUGUGAAGACAAAUGGAUUACUGGGCCAACUGGCUGCUACCGUCUUUUUAGUGGAAGUAUUUCUCGUUUAAAUGCUGAAAACAAGUGCAAAUCAGUAAAUGGAAAUCUGGUAAAAAUUGAGACUCAGGAAGAGAAUAAUUUUCUCAGUUCUAUCCUGCGUAUAAGAAAAGAAAAGCAUUACUGGCUGACUGAUGGAGUAAAGGAAAAAAAUUGGAUUUGGAAAACAGAUGGAAAACCAAUUUCAUCUUCCUUUUGGUUUCCAGGAUGGGAACCCCAGUCACAGUUUCCAAAGCCCAGCAAUAAUACCCUUAAGAGAUGCCUAGCAUUGGCCAAUGCUUUUAAAUACGAGGACUCCAAAUACUUGUCAGAAUAUUUCUACUGGGAUGAUAUCAAUUGCAACAAUGUUGGUAAUUUUAUUUGUGAAACUGAAAAGACAAAAAUACCUUCUGCUGCUGAGUGCUACACUGGAACUGGUACUGAUUAUAGAGGUAGUAAGUCUGUAACUACAAAGGGUACUUCUUGUAUCAUGUGGACAAAAUCAAGAAAGAUAAAUCCUUCAACUCACCCAAAUGUAGGUCUGGGAGAUCAUAACUAUUGCCGAAAUCCAGAUGGAGACUCAAGGCCAUGGUGCUGGGUGAACCGACACAAAAACCUUUUUGGUUACUGUGAUAUCCCAAAAUGUUCUACUGUCACAACAACAACUGAGUCUGCCACCAAGGCAAUAACCACAACAACUCAUGCAACAACUUCUACAGAAGAAUCCUUAAAUUGUCCGAAAGAUGAAAUGUACUGUGCCUCUUCAGCCAAGUGUAUUUCCCUUUCAUGGAAAUGUGACAAUGAAAAGGACUGCCCUGGAGGAGAAGAUGAAAUUAACUGCAAUUACAAACUGGGUCUCUUUGAGGAAAAAAAUAGAAGAUUUGCAAUCAAAAAAGAUCCUGUUGAAGUUUACAUAUCAAUACCUUUGGAAACGUGUGCUAGAAUUUGCAUAAACCACCGGAAAUUUGCUUGCAAAGCAUUCAAGUAUGAAACAACUCAAAAUCAUUGCAACCUUUAUGACACAAAUAAAGGUAUAACAUCAUUCUUUCCACAAUUUGGAACUUUUUAUGAACUCAAAGAAACUUGUGAAGAAAAUGAUUUUCAUUGUAAAAAUGGGAAGUGUGUGUCCAGUGACAGAGUCUGUGAUCAAUACAAUGAUUGUGCCGACUUCUCUGAUGAAGCUGAGUGUGAUACAGAGGAAAGCAUUGAAGUGCGACUAGUAGAUGGUCCUGAUGAACACUCUGGCCGUGUUGAGAUCAAAUAUCUCAACGAAUGGGGAAUUAUCUGUGACGAUGGCUGGGAUGUUGAUGAUGCCAAUGUUGUAUGCCGGAUGCUUGGAUAUGAUGCUUCUGAAUCUCACUCUUUGCCAUUUACAAUUUCUGAUGGAAACCGCAAUUUCUUUCUCUCCCAUGUUGCAUGUCAUGGUAAUGAGACCAGCUUAUUGGAAUGCAAAAGAGACCCAUGGGGAAAUCACCAGUGUAAGGCACAUGAAGUUGUUGGAAUUGUUUGCCAGGUGAAAAAAGUUUGUCCAGUUGACCAAUUCACUUGUGCCUCAAAUAAGCAUUGCAUUCCCUUCAAUUAUAUUUGUGAUGGUGAAGGUGACUGUGAAGAUUACAGUGAUGAGAAAAACUGCAACAUCAAAGUACAACUUGUUGGUGGCUUCUCAGAACUCAGUGGAAGAGUUGAAAUCAUCCGUGGAGGAGUGACAGGAACUGUCUGUGAUGAUGAAUUUGAUGACAAUGAUGCUACAGUUAUUUGUAGAAUGAUGGGACACAGUUCUGGAAAAGUAAUUGUGAAUACAUUUGGAGAAGGAGAAGGUGCCAUCUGGCUUGAUGGCCUCACUUGUACUGGAUCAGAAGAUGAACUUAAAAUGUGUCCCAACCUUGCUUGGGGAGAGCAUGACUGUACCCAUGAGGAAGAUGUUGCCAUAAGAUGUUUCAAAGAAGCAGGCACAACUGUACCAACAACCACAGUUAUAACUCCAACUUCCACUCCAAAUGAAAAUGAAGUUGUAUGUGGCAAGAGGCCCCGUUCCCCACGAACAAGACGGGAUGAAAGAACAGUAGCUAAGCCCUACCUUUCAAGGAUUGUUGGAGGUACAAAUGCCACUUACGGCCUCUAUCCCUGGCAAGUGGCAGUUCGAUUAGACACUGCUUCCAUGACAUGUGGCAGGAGGCCAAUAAAACAAAGGUCGCAACGCAUUUCUGGUGGUCAGGUUGCCAAAUAUGGUGCUUUUCCAUGGCAAGCAAGAAUUCUGAAAGUUUGGUUCUGGGGAAAACUGCAUCACUGUGGGGCUGCUGUUAUCAAUAAAUUUUGGCUACUCACUGCUGCCCAUUGUUUAAAAAAAAAUGUAAAGAAAGAAAGGGUGCUGCUUCGGACAGGAGAUCUAAACAGCAAAACGUGGGACGUUCAUGAGCAGUCAUUUGAAGUCGAGUAUUUGAUUAUACAUCCCUCCUAUAAUAUUUAUCCUUCCAUGCUAAAAGCAGCAACUGUUCCUCUGUUAUCUCGCCGUAUUUGUGAAAUGGUCUACAAAGACAUCACUCCAAGAAUGUUUUGUGCUGGUUAUCUUGAAGGAGGUAUUGAUACAUGCCAAGGUGACAGUGGUGGACCCUUAGUCUGCAGCAUUAACGGGGUGCACACAUUGAUUGGAAUAACCUCUUGGGGUAAUGGUUGUGCAAAGCCCAACUACCCUGGAGUCUAUGCAAAUGUAGCAUAUCUGAAGCCCUGGAUAACAGCAACAAUAGCUAAAUAUUCAUGA